CCUCGCACCUUGCUGCACAGUGCGCCAUACCAGCACCUGUCGAGCACCGACACACCCUCCCUCGACCGGCCCACCAACGCCCCACCUCGCGAGCUUCACCGCCCCUCGUCCUCAUCAGCUCUCGUCAUGUCGUCGGCCAAGGUAGGAGCCUACGGCGCAAACUCAAAGAACGACACGGGCUUCCGAAAAACAUGGGACCAGAAGGAGUACGAGGAGAUUGCGAGGGCAAAGGACGAGGAGAUUGUCGAGCACGCCAAGGCGGCCGAAGCAGCUGCCGCACAGGGCAAGCGUGCCCCGCCGCGCAAGAAGGACGACCUCCCCAAGGCGACCCAGGCGAUGCAGGCGCGCGACGUCCCGCUCGAGCUCGACAAGAACCUGAACAAGACGAUCGUCAUCGACGCGAGCGCCGGCAGCGGCCAGAAGCAGCCGGGCUUCUACUGCGACCUGUGCAAGCGCACGUGCAAGGACAGCGCGAGGUACCUCGACCACCUCAACGGUCGAACUCACCUGCGCCGCCUCGGCCAGACGACCAAGGUCGUCAAGUCGACGCUCAAUGACGUGCGGCAAAAGAUUGCCGAGCUGCGCGCCAAGUCGGCCGCGAGCGCCGACGCGAAAAAGUACGACUUUGACCAGCGCAUCAAGGACAUCAAGCAGGCCGAGAUUGCGAGCCGGGACGAGGCGCGCGAGGCCAAGCGGCGCAAGCGCGACGAGGAGCGCGCCCAGGCCGAGAAGGACAAGGUCAAGGGCGCCGACGAGGAGAUGCUGGCGACGAUGGGCUUUGGCGGCUUCGGCGGGGCGACGAAGCGGUGACGGGCGCUGUCUUUCUCUCUCUGCCUU